UUAAGGUGUGUAAGCACUCAAUUGUUUUUACUGCUGACUAAUAAACCCCUUCAAAGUUCACGUCACAGGCGGUUCCCACUGCGCAUGUCGGGGUCAGAAAAGUCAUUACAGCAGAUUGAGUUGCAUAUUAAUCGAUAUCGUCAAAAGUGCCUACUUGCGUUGUGGGCUUUGAAAAUCGCACCAGGUCUGCUGUUAACUUUUUCGGGAUUCCUGCAGAAUCUCAAAAACAAAAAAAUACAACAUCUGCGGCUGCAAGCAAUUAACGUGCAGACUGGGACAAUGCAAAGAUCAAAGAGGCUUGUGUUUGCAGUGCUCACUUCAUUUGAGGUAAGUCAUCAUUUUUAGCCCUGUAUGAUUAAACUAGAAAGCCUAAAUAGUAUGAACAGUUUGACCCCAUGCUGCGCACGCACCUGAUAGUCAUUCAAUGUUUACAAAACCUUGAGGGGUCUAUUACCAUUUUUUAGACUUGUCCCUUUAUUUGUUUUAGAAAUGGAAAUUAAAAGCCGAUUCCAUACUUUUCUUAUUACUUGAUCUUGAAAAAUACAUUUUUUAUUAAUAGCAUAAGUGAAUUUGUUUCAGAUAUUUUUCAUGAAGCCAAAACGUAAGCUAUAGAACAAAAAAAAGGUUUCUGUGAUUUGUCUAUUUGCUUUGAAGUGAAGCAUCUGGGUGAACAUCAUUAAAUGUAAAAAGUGUGUGUUGAUUCCAUAAUUUAUGCUAGGGGUUGUAAGUAUGUAUAAAUAAUUUCACAUAUACAGACACACAGAUGAGCCAUAACAUUAUGACCACCUGUCUAAUAUUGUGUAGAUCCCCAUUUUACCACCAAAACAGCCCUAACCCGUUGAGGCACUAAAUUCUUCUAAUCAGAACCUGCAUUCACUUUUUCAGCAAUUUCCUUCCUUGGACCACUUUUGAUAGGUACUGACUACUUCAGACUGGGAACAUCCCACAAGAUGCUUUGACCCAGCAAUCAAAAUUUUGCCCUUGUCAAAGUUGAUCCGCCCAUUUUCCCUGCUUCUAUCACAUCAACUACACUUGUCCUCAAAGUUGAUGUGUUAGAAGCAGGAAUAGGGUUGGGUAUCGAAAACCGGUUCCAUUUUAGAACCGGUUCCAAAAUGUCUAAAACCGGGUAUUCGAUAAGACGCACGCAUUUCGAAUCCGCUUAUCGAUUCCUGAACUUGGUAAUGCUCGCGCGCGCAGUGAACGGCAGUGAGCAUUUGUUUACGUUUGUAUUGAUCUGCCAGGACCUGCCUGCCGCACAUGCGCGCUGUACGUUACAUUUACUAUGGCAGAGCGCGGCAAACGUUCGAAAGUUUGGUUAAGCUAUUCGAAAAAAGAUGAAAAUACAGCGAAUUGUAACACAUGCAAGAAAGACAUUUCCUGCAAGGGAGGAAGCACCUCCAAUAUGAUGAAACAUUUGCUUCAACACGGGUCAAUUUGAAGGAAUGCACCGCCUUUGAUUCUGUGCGAUCUCUCAGCAGCAGUUCUGUUACCACAGGUUUCCACACACCAGAUAAAGCUACUAGUAGCAGCAGUAGCAGUCUCUCACAAUCACAAUCAGGUACAAAACACAGAUGAGCGGAGAUUCGUCUUUGAAUUAGAGCCGCAUAAUUCUGGAUAAACGGAGAACCAGUUUUGUUUAGAAUGGUUCUUGAGUUAUUUUGUUUAAAAUAGAGAUCAUGAAUAAAUACAACAGACAAUACAAGUCGAGUCUAUUAAAUGUAUUUUUUUAUGAAUACUUGUUUUAUACUCAAUGAUUAAAUGAAAAAAAUACAUUUAACACUCAAGUCACUUGCUGCCACCUAUUGGUCUAAUAAUGUAAUCAACACAAUUUGUUUUUGAAGAGACUCCGUUCACUUUAGCAAUGAAGGGGAAGAUGAGCAAGGAGAGAGUGGAUGAAUGUCAUAGGGCGGUGACAAGAUUUGUGGUGAAGGGGUUACAUCCUUUUGCUACAGUUGAGUCGCCUUCAUUUAGGGAGAUGACAAAGGCCCUAAAUCCCAAAUACAACCCACCCUCCAGGGAUACACUGUCCAAUCAUUUGAUACCAGCUUGGUACAACAUAGAAAAAGAAAAAAUUAAAUCAGACCUGGAAAAGGUCAGCAAAAUUGCAGUUACCAGUGAUUGCUGGACAAGCAUUUGCCAGGACCAUUACAUCACGGUCACAUCACAUUAUAUCACUGAGGGAAAGAUGAAUCAGAAAGUCCUUAAAACAAAAGCUGUAUACAAAGCUCAAACAGGAGUAGUGGUAGCAGAAGAAAUUGGGGAUAUUUUAGAUGAGUUUGGGAUAAGGAGCAAAAUUGCAGCUAUUACAGUGGAUAAUGCAUCCAACAUGAAUGUGGCAGUACAAAAGCUUGACCUCGUAAAAAUAGGCUGCUUUGCACACACACUUAAUCUUGGGGCCCAAAGUGUAUACACAAUUGCCUCAGUGGCAAAAUGUACUGCAAAGAUUCGGGACGUGAUUGUCUGGAUGAAGAGGUCAACCAUGGCCAAAACUGUGCUCCGGGAGAAACAACAGAUUCUGAAUCUUCCCCAGCACUCUCUCCUUCUCGAUGUCAGAACCCGCUGGAACUCUCUUUACUUAAUGUUUGAGAGGUUCCUUGAGCAGUAUGCAGCAAUUCAGGCAGCCUCUCUGGAUCCAAGGCUAAAAAAACCCAUGGAGAGGGACAGACUUGCAAGAGUAACAGACGAGGACCUAAAAAAAGCAGAGGACUUUGUCCAACUCAUGCGGGUUAUGUACACGUCCACACUCUGUGUCUCCACUGAAAAGAGUCCAACCUGCAGCCAGAUCCUGCCCAUACUGCAGAAAUUAAGAAACCAUUUUACUGUGCAUGAAGGAGAUACAGUGUUUGUGUCCACUCUUAAGACAACAGUCUGGUCUGAUCUGUCCCAACGUUAUCAGAGCGUCAAUGUCAGAGCCUUCCUUGAAGAGGCAACUGCAUUGGAUCCUCGGUUUAAGCAUAAAGUGGAGGAUGAGACAGUCUGGCACCGAAUUAAAGACAAAAUACUGGCAGCAGCACAUCCUAUGGAAACAGAGAAGCUGACAGAGCAUGGCGAUGGAGAAACGGAAAUGGGGACAAUUCCUCAGGAUGAAGAAGAGGAGACUCUACAGGUGGUUCAAAAGUGCAAGAAGACCAAGAUGACUCCAUUGGAGGAGCUUUUUGCUGAAGAUGAUGCCCUAAAGGAGAACCUGAUUCAGAGCACCUUGUCCAUCCAGGAACAAACUGUCAAAGAACUAGAGAUGUAUAGGGACAUGCUGCCUCUAAUGACCUCUGAAGACCCUGCAAUCUGGUGGUGGAACAGGAGAGACACAUAUCCUUUCCUGUCUGACCUAGCCCAAUCAUACCUUUGUGUACAGGCCUCUUCUACCCCCAGCGAAAGGGUUUUUUCUACUGCUGGGGACACAAUUAGUCAAGAGAGAUCACGUAUACUUCCAGAGAAGGCAGACAUGCUAAUUUUUCUUCAAAAGAAUUGCUGACUUUACAUCUGAUGAUCUUUAUGUCUGUUACAUAUUUUGUUAUGUUGUGUUUAAAAUGAAAUGUUUUUGAAAUAGGUUUAAUGAUAAUUCCUAAAAAUGUUAUAUAUUUUGUAAAAUAAGAUGCAUUGUCACAGUUUUACUGUUAAUAGCCUAAAUGUGACAAGAAUAAAAGGUAGAAAUCUUACAAGUACUUGCUCUCUUUUUUCUCUCCAAUAAAUAUUGGAAUCGAAACCAAGAAUCGUUAAGAACCGGAUUCGAUAAGCAGAAUCGGAAUCGUUAAAAUUGAAACGAUACCCAACCCUAAGCAGGAAAAAUGGGCUAGUGCAAUUGUAAUGGCUAGACGACUGGGUCAGAGCAUCUCCAAAACUGCAGCUCUUGUGGGGUGUUCCCAGUCUGCAGUGGUCAGUGUCCGAUCCAACAGACAAGGUACUGUAGCUGAAAUCGGUGAAAAUGUGAAUGCUGAUUCUGAUAGAAAGGUUUAAUGAGUCAAUGCCUUGACAGGUCAGGCCUGUUUUGUUGGCAAAAGGGGGACCUACACAAU